AUAAAUAAACUAAUUUCAUAGAUCUAUCUUGUUCUAACAUAAUAAUUAUUGACCUACAUGCAUGCAUAGCGAGAGCGCGCAUCAGAUACUUCUACUUUCGACGAAGGGGAUGGGCAGAAUAGUAAUUAUAGUCAGUACCAGGAUGUGGAGUUCAGAAUCCAUGUCCCCCAUCUCCAUGGUGACCACACAUCCUUCGUUGUCUAAGGUUGUCCCACUCCUAAUUCUCCACGUUCAUCAUUUCCUCACACACACUGCUUUUCCCUUCCUCUUCUUCUUCUUCUUGUUCCUCUAUCUUCUCUUCACCACCACACUCUGCCGACACAGCCACUAAAGUGUUUAGUUUUUUCAUACCGCAAAAUCUCUCCUCUUUUCUUCUUUUUACUUUCUUUCAAAGGUCACAAAAACAAUGGCAAAUAAGUAUUUUCAGUGCGUUAUAGAAGAAAUGGAUCGGCUUUGGUUUUACCAAGUUAUUCUCUUUUCAGAACCAUCAGCGAAACCAUCUCCAAUUCCAAAGCCUGAAAAACAAAAAUCUGUUGCGAUAACGGAAUCUCUGUCGUCCCAGUCAUCCAUAUUUUCUAUGUCACCAUUACCAGACUGUGGCAGUGAAACUUCAACAAAUGAAUCACCUUCUCCAGAAAAACAGGCCUCAAUGCACAAGGGUGGUUCAACAAUCAACAAAAACAAGAAAGAAAGGUCGGCAAGAGUGAAGAUUUUGGCUAAUAGAAUUCGUUCACAUUCAUCAUCACCGUCCUCUCAACACCGUUACAGAAGAUUCAGAAACCAUGCUACUACUUCUAGUGAAAGUAAUAAACUUGAGAAAUCGAUGAGUUGCAAGACAUUGAGAGAACUAGAACUGGAUGAGGUGAAGGGUUUUAUGGAUCUUGGGUUCAUAUUCAAGAAGGAAACUCUAAGCCCAUGGAUGAUGAGCAUUGUACCAGGAUUGCAAAGACUUGGUUUAUUGCAAAAUCAGAAUGUUGAAGUUAAACGGCACACACAACGGCAACUAAUAGAAGAAGAAGUAGAAAAUGGAGAGAAAGAAGAGAGUGAUGAGGAGGAAAAGAGAGUUAUCAUGAGGCCAUAUCUAUCAGAAGCAUGGCUAAUAAAGAGACCCGAUUCACCGCUACUAAGUCUGAAAAUCCCAAAGGCCUGUUCAGCUUCCAACAUGAAGAAACACCUUCGGUUUUGGGCAAGGACUGUGGCCUCAGAAAUCCACCAAUAGUGUUCACAAGAAAACCAAACACAAACACUACCCCGCAAUCACAUUAAUGUGCACGUCACGACUCAUAUCAUCGUGAUCGUCAUCAUCAUCAUAAUAAUAAGCACAUAAUUGUAUGUUAAAAAAUUUGCAAAUAAUAAAGAGAGGUAGCCGAAAUAAAUCUUGAGCAAAUAAA